AUCCAAGCUGGGCAAGUGCAAGCGCCGCAAGCUUCAGCAGACAAGACGGCCACCUUGGCCGCCGCGAGAGGCAGCACCUGCCGAUAUGCAUUAUGCCGUGUCGUUUGCUCUAUCUCAUCCAACCUAUGCAUUCGUUCGACACUCGCGAGUCGCGACAGUAGCAACUAGCAGUACUGAGUACACUGUAUGACUGUACGGUUCUUACCAACGUGGUACACGUAAGCGGCAAACAUGGCACAAUUUAUACAGGAGUUGCCGCUUCUCUUUUUCACCAGGGAAUGUUGGAAGAAUUAUGUCGAAGAUUUCAAUUUUCUUCACGCCGAGUGCUUCAAAGCGACGCUCAGCAAGACCCUGGGUCUGGGAAUUAUUGCUGGCUCAGUGCUUGUUAAAAUUCCUCAAAUUGUAAAAAUUCUUCAGAAUAAGAGUGCUAAGGGAAUAAGUACCGUCAGCGUUUUGCUGGAUCUCUUUGCCAUAACUGCUAUGGCAUCUUACAGUUUUAUCAGUGGAUUUCCAUUCAGCUCGUGGGGUGAUGCAGUAUUUUUAGGCCUGCAAACAGUUGCAAUUGUCUGCCUGGUUAUGUACUACUCGGAUGGUGCAGCAAAGGCCACUGCAUUUCUUGCCGCUUAUAUUGCUGUAAUAGCAGCUGUUGUCGCUGGUUUGGCUCCUCUUAACAUCCUGUGGUUUGGCCAAGCCAUGAAUAUACCUGUUAUUCUGUGCAGCAAGUUUACACAAGCUUAUACAAAUUAUUCCAAUGGAAGCACUGGUCAGUUGUCCGCUGCUACUGGUUUUAUGCUGUUCUUUGGCUCACUAGCAAGAAUUUUCACCUCUGUCCAGGAGACAGGGGAUGCAACUAUGGUUAUUAUGUACAUUGUCUCUACUCUAGCUAAUGGACUGAUUGUUUCUCAACUUCUGUAUUACUGGAAUGUAACCGAGAAGAAGGCUGCAGUUUCAAAAAAGAAAAAGUGAUAGUACCUUCUUUUUGAUGGUUGUUAUUUACUGGACAUUCCAAAGAUAUUUUAUUCCCACUGUUGUAGUGCAAUUGCUACGUUGACGUUGACUUUUGGAAAAUGAAUUAGCUUUUUACAUUGGAAUAUAGGUAAAAAUAACAAAAAGGAUGAGUGGGCAACUCUUUGCAUUUACAAUAUCAAUGUACAUUUACCUACAUACUAGGUAUUUUUUGUUUUCUGUGGGAAUUUACUUGAUGAGAAUUUUAUACGGUAAUCUUUUUUUUUGUUUUCUGUAACGACUGGUUGAAUUGUAAAUAUGAAACUUGUAAAUUAUUAUAACACAAAUAAGGAAAUAAACCAAUUUACAAUUUUA